AUGGAUCCUGCUAACAUCUGGCCUUUGCUUUUCCCCCGUAAGUCCGAUGACGACGGAUGCAGUGGGAGCAAUAAAAACUCAGCCAAAUGCGAAAAACCCGUCAACAACGACGAUUCUUUGACCAUCGGAUUGGGAGUGGGUAUUCCCGUGUUUGUGAUUCUUUGUGUGUUGGGAGUAAUUUUGUUCAGAACUAUGCGUCGGAACAAGAAAGAAGCUAUGGAACGUGAUCCCGAUUUUGACGAGACUGGCGAGGCUACCGCGUUGCCCGAUUUUCCAAAUACUCAACAAACCUAUCAAAUGGAGAACCCCUUCCAUAACCGAAACUCAUUGAGGUAUCCACAGAGCAUGGGAGCUCAUAACAAGUCUACAAGUUCUUUGAAUAAGAGUGAAAGUAAUGAUCCAUACUUGGAUGCCAUAGUGUUGCCAUACCAUCACGAUACAGGUUCCAAAGCAUCACUCGAUAUGUUUGCUCGACAAUUGAGUGAGCUCAACACCACGCCGAGAGCGUCGGGAAUCAUUACUAGGACAAGAAAUUCUAGUUUCACUAACGCCAGCAAUUUUCAAAUGCCCCACUCUAAUAGUGUCUCUCCUCAAAAAUCUAAUUUGAAAGAGGCCAGAGCUCCUCAGGGCCGUAGUCCAACUAAAAAAGUCGGUGGUACAACGUAUGCCAAUGUCCCAAGUGGUGCUGAAGCUGCUGUAUCUGAUGCUGCUUCAUUGGAGCUGGUCUCGGAUUCGGAAACAUCUGGAUCUGACUCUUUGACUACAGGAACUAGAGGGGACAAAUUCGCUCUCAAUUACGAAAACGAGUCUACUGCUAGCUUUCCUAAUCAAAGCAAGGAGUAUGCUGGUCAGGGCUUUUCUUCCAACACUACUACCGACCACUCUUAUACAUGGGAUGAAAAGGAACACGCCGUACCUCAGUUUACUAUAAACAGCCCAGAAACUGAACUGAAGGAGCGAGAACCAGAGGCCAAGAAUAUAGAGCCACCUAGCAUGACUGAGCGUGAAGAGGAAACUGAACAUUCUCCAUUCAAUGACUCACAGGUUGCCGAGACUCUGAGCAAUUUUUUGCUCGGAGAAGAGCCAUCUGACCGCCAGGAAGAGUUGAGCACGAACUUCUUCAAGGCAGGUGAGCAAAAGGGACUUGCUGUUGAAGAAAAACCGGCUCGCAGCAAAUCUCCUAGAAUUUCUGCUUUCAAUUUACUCCAAAACGAUAGUGAUGACGAGGGAGCGGACGAAAAAGUACUAUCAGCUGAGCAGGAAGAGGAGUUGCAACGUAUGAAGUCGGUCUAUAAAGUGUAUUUCGAUCGUGAAAACUCUGUUAAGCAUACGGGUGAGGGAGAAAACAGAGAAUUCAAGUAUGACCAGACUCAAGCGCUUCCUCAGAUCAAUGCUGAAGAAAUGGACCGAUUGAAGAUCAACAACGAGUUGCACACUGAUACAAAUUAUGACAAGAGGUUGACGACUACUUCUUCGAUUUAUGAGAACCCCGAUAUUUCUUCAGCUGAGCAGUCAUAUAUGUACCAACAGCAGCAAUAUGCUCAGGGUCAGUAUAACCCCAACUACUACGGACAAGAAUAUGGAUACGGAGGACAAUAUCAGGGUCCUCCUCCAGAACUCCCACAGUUGCAACAGUUACCCCCACCUUCCGAUAUCCGUAAGUCUACUAUUCAGACAUAUACCGAUUUCCAACCGAAGAACAAGAAUCCAGUGAAUUCUCCAAAACAACCAUUUGUGCCCAUCGAAAAUGAGGGAGUGUGGUCCAGCCCGGUGGCUUCGUCGCCACUGUUACAGUCCAUAGGUACGUUUGGACCUCAGCUGACAGCUUCGAUGCCCACCUAUCACGAAGGUCUUGGAAACCCAGGAGUCAUCCCCUCUGCUACCCAAAUGUCGCGGUCAUCGGUGGUAAUGUUGAACCCAGUGACAGAGAUUACCAAACAGAGGACUUUCCGUCCUGCUGGUUCGCUUCCUGGUAACAAUUCACCCUACAUACCAAGUGGUUUCAACCAGUCGGAAAACGACUUGAUCCCUAACAACCGUAAGAGUGAUGUUAGGAGAAUGAUGAAUACCAACUUUUAG